AUGGCAAAAAAUGCAACAGAUUUAUUGAAUCUAGACAAUGAUGUGUUCCGGGCUUACAUCUUUUGGUCGGGCAUUUUGGUGUUGAAAAUUUUGGCAAUGGCCAUAUUGACCGGAUUACAACGUUUCCGAACCGGGACUUUUGCCAAUCCCGAAGAUUGCCUAUUCAAGCGAGACAAGGUCACCUAUGACAAUCCCUAUGUGGAACGUGUACGCCGAUCCCAUUUGAAUGACCUGGAGAAUAUUCUACCCUUUUUCAUUGCCGGCCUCCUGUACGUUCUUACCGAUCCAUCGGCAGUGGUGGCAAUCAAUUUAUACCGUGCAAUGGCCGCUGUUCGCAUAAUACACACAUUGGUCUAUGCUGUGGUUGUGGUGCCGCAACCUGCACGCUUUUUAUCGUUCGGUGCAGGUUAUCUGAUCACCGGUUAUAUGGCAUUUAAAAUUUGUAUCGAAUUCCAUUAG